UGCUCGUUUCCAUCUACAAAACAGAGACCCGCUGCAGUCAAAUAUUGUGUGAAAACUGUUUAUAGUGGAAAUAAGUUUAUAAUAAGCAGAAAAUUAUUCGAGAACGACCAAUCUACGGAAAAGAACAAUACAACCACAGAACCGGAUACUAAAUGGGUAUCAGAUUUGACUCUUUAUCACGAGCUGUUGGAUGUAAACAAUGACGGUGUUGUAUCUAUUGAAGAUUUAAAGGAGCUGACUGAACGUUUUUCAAAAUUGAACGACAUGACGGAUGAACAAAGUUUUAUGUUUACGAGAGUUAUCGAAAACUUAUGGUACAAACAUUGGGGAUGCAUUGAUCCAUUCGAUUACGUUACAGUAGAAAAAUAUUUGAAGUAUAUUCAGUAUGUAAAACAAAACGAUGAUGGUCUAAAAGAUGAAGUUGUUCAACUUUUGCCAUACUUGUUUAAGGUGGUUGACAAAGACCAGAAUGGUGACAUUUCAAAAGAAGAAUAUAUUAAAUUUUUAGAAUGUAUUGGGACAUCAAAGAAGGCCAACUUAAUCAAGUCAUUGGGAAUUGUAAAUGAUAAAGAUGAUACGAUCAAACUAGAAGAUUUAAUGUUGGUUAUUAAAAAGCAUUUGUUUCAUAGUAAAAAUAAAAUUCAAGAUCAAGAUUCAAAAAUCAACAACAGCACCGUCAACUUUAAGUACAACUAACAACAAUUAUAACAUAAUCUAAUAAGUACACUUAGCUGUAAUAUAUGUAUAAUGUACCUACUACCUAUAUAUAUAUAAUACAUGUGACUAGAUACCUUAAUACUUAUUCAACAUAAUAUACUCGCUUAUUUUUACAUUAAUAUUAUCUAUGCCUAUUGGUUAUUACUUAUUUAUCAUAAAACAUUGAUGAUAGAUGAAUAUAUUGAUGUAUAUUGUUAUUUGUUAUUUUAUAUUAUUAUUACA